GGCCCCUCCCUCCGGGUCCCUGGCGGGCGGGGCCGGAGCGGCCGUUGAAGGAGCCGAGAGGAAACGCGGGAAAAGGGGGGGUGGCUUAACCCUCUCGCUGCCGCGGCGGAGUCGCCUGCCCUGCCGGAGAGAGAGAGCGAGCGAGCGAGCGCGCGAGCCGGGCCGGCCAGACGCCCGGUGCAUUGUGGGACUGGCUGGCUGGGCUGGGGGGCGAGGCGGCGGCGGCGGCGGCGGAGGGGAGUCCCGUUCGCGGGCGGCGGGUGGGCGGGCGAGCGAGGAGCAGCCGGGGAGACGCGGUAAGAGGGCGGCCUGGGCGGGCUUAAAGGGGAACGCGGCCCUGCCCUCAGCCGCCAAGCUGCAGGGGCUGCGCAGGAAGGAGAGGCCGCUCCCCCGGCCGGAGGGGCGCGGCGGUGGCGGCCGAGGCAGAGAGGGCCGGGCGGGCGGCGGCGGCUGGCUUGGGGCCGCUGUGGGCCAGAGCGGAGUCUGCGGAGGAGGCGGGGAUCUGCGCGAGGGCGGCGAAGGGGUUAAACUUUCCACCCGCCGACAUUUUUCCCUGAGAGGAGAAAGAGGGGGCCGCGCUGUCUGGCCCGCCGGCCGCGUGGAGCCCCAGGCGCCUCCCUUCCCUUCGGAGAAGCCCCCCCGGCGCCCCCCAGCCCGCUGCCUUCGCUUCCCGCCGCGCCUUCCCCGCCUCCGAAAUGCCUUUAAAGCCGCCCGCGAAAGGGUUAAGGCGCGCGCCCGACGCCCCCUCCCCUUCUUCCCACUGCCCCUCUCGAGGCGCGGCGCAUGGCGGGGGGGCCUUCCCAGAGGACCCCCCGGUUCUGUUCGCCAAGGGGCCGCCUCGGGCAGAGAGGGAGGCGGGAACCGGCCCGUCGCGAAGGGCAGGCGGGCGCCGGGGGGGGGGCAGAGUCGCCCUCUGGGCUCCCCGGGCCAGGCAUGGUUGCCAGCCCUGUCUGCACGUGGCCGGGUUUCCUUCCGGAUAGGCGUGUCGGCCUGCAAUGUCUGUCCCCGCGCAGAGUCUCGGAAGGGGGGAGAGUCCCCUGGCCCGAGCCCUGGCGGGGCCGGAGGCUCUUGCUCAACGUGGGGCUUGAACCCGCGAGCCUCAGACUGAGUCCCCUGCUUUACCAGCUGUGCUCCUUUGCCAGAUCUACGGUGAAACAAAGGUUAAAUUCUCGGAGCAGUGUUGAUUUUUGAACUAAUGGAAACUGGGUCUUUUCCGGUGCAACUGCAGACAGACUUCAUGCAGCAGUUUAAUUCUAACUCGUGUGUUCUCAAAGUUACAAAACAAACUUGCAAGACAUUGUUCUAAAGUGGAUAAAGUAUGGUGUUGUGAACACUGUAGUUGUUUGGGACAGCUCUGCAGUCUUCUUUCCUCAUUUCAGAAAACAGAAAAAAAACGUUCAGUCAAGAUACAGAAUGUUGCAGCUUUUAAUUAUAUAGGUAGCUGCAUUAAGUACUCCCGACUCUUUGUAUGGCUUAUAAGGCUUAGUUUUCCAUGGGGAAAAUAGGUGUCUGUCAUUCAAACAAUGGAUGGGUGGGGAGCUCCCUAUGCCUUCUCCCCCAGCAUUGUUGUACUCCCAACAACCCCAUCUAGCGUGGCCAGGGAUUGUGGAAGUGUGUUGUCCACCAACAUCUGGAGGGCCACAGGCUCCCCAGCCCUGCUUCAGGAGAUUGACACCUGUUUGGGGGAACAGAAUGAGGAGAAAGCUACUGUUUUGUGUGUUAAAGUUCAAUUGUUAAUAGGAAAUGUAGAGGAAUCCAUAACUUUUUACUGCCUAUUAAAUACCGUGGGCACAGUUUCCACUGAAACUGAUUUGUUGAUGUUACUGUUUCAGUUUCGUAGUGUCAUGGGUGCUUAACUUUGCUUGGACUGUGCUUCAGACAUAAUGAACUAAGCUACAUUAGUAAAGAAAAAAUGCUUUAUAUGCAUUAUAACACUAUGACACUGUGGAGUCCCAUCUUUCACUAGCAGACUUUAUGAAGUUUACAGCAGGUUUAACUGAAUCACUUUUUUGAUGUGUCUAGAUCCAGCCAAUGUUUAUCUCCUCCACUGCAUACCGCACAAAUGUCCCAUUUUUUUCCUGGGUGACCCAAAGAGUGCAGAAUCAAAAUAUGUGUGUCUUUUUGUUACAUGCUCUUAGUUCGCACCUUCGCUGGCCACCACUUGCCACACACAUACGAGGUGGGCCACAGCUUCUGGAAGAAUGGCGCCACUUCUGGAAGUAUUGUCACUGUGGCCCUUCUCUGUGUGGCAGCAGGUGGACGCCUAGGCAGCAGUGGGGAGAGUGAGCAGGCAGCAGCAGCAGGAUGGUGUGUGGGGAUGUCCCAGUUUCUUCUUGGGAAAUGUUGGAGCGUAUGCACCUAAGGGUGGAGCAAAGUGGGACAUCUUGGGCUGCUUACACAGGUCAAUUUGCUAUAAACAUAGCCGACCUUUAAAGACCUGGUUUUCUGUAAGCCUGUAGCAAGAUCACAUAUAUGCUACUAUUAUGCACUGAAUUCGGUCCAGUUGGCUCGGCACAGCACUUCCAAACUCAUGUUUGGCAUGUCAUUAGAGACAUAAAUUGAAUUCAACCAUGGUAGAUGUUCGCUUGCUACUUGUCAAAGUGACCUAAGGAGGGUGGGUAGUUUUAGAUCCAUCCCCUGCUACAGAACUUGCAAGAAAGUAAUUGUGCAGGGGCUUUAUAUGCAAAAAUGAAUGUUGCCUAUUUUUAAAAAAAUGUCAAGAGCUGGUAGCCUUAGUGAAGGAGGCGUCUGUUCUUGCAAUGUAUGGUUGCAGCUCAGAUUUUUAGAUAGAAGGGAAAAGAUAUAUAGAUAGAUAUAAAACUAUUCUGCAUAACAAGCUGAGAAAGUCUAUAUUGUAUUAAUACUUCUUUCUGCAAACUAGGAUAAUUACCACGAAAGCAUACCAACAAAUAUCCUGAAGAAGAGAAAAAGCUUCUGGUACUUAUUGUGUGAGAAUCAUGUCUGUCCGGGAGUCCUUUAACCCAGAAAGUUAUGAACUUGACAAGAGCUUUCGGCUAACAAGAUUCACUGAACUUAAAGGCACUGGCUGUAAAGUGCCUCAGGACAUUUUACAGAAAUUGCUUGAAUCUCUACAAGAAAAUCACUUCCAGGAAGAUGAACAGUUUUUGGGAGCUGUUAUGCCUAGAUUGGGUAAGCAGUAGUUCUUCAAUGAUAUUUAAUGGUUGUAUCAUGUGUUGGAGAAUAAGGAAAAAUAUUGUACUCUGUGUGUGUGUACAAGGUUGUUUAUUUCACCAACAACAAGGUUGGUUAUUUCACCAAUCAAAAAUGUUUGGUCAAUUCUGACCAGUCAGAUAUUAGUUAAUGGUGUAUUUAUUUACUGCAUCUGUAUAGUCAUCCCAUCACAGUUGCCCCAUGACAAAUUUUCUGGGCUGCUCCCAAUGCAAAACAACAGCAGCAACAUUAAAAUACAGUACAAAAGAAUGAAAAUUAUAACACAUUAAUUAAAAAACAGAAACACAAGUAAAACUUGAAGCAGAGAUGCUCAAACUGUGAAAUACAAGUUGUUUAAAGGGUUUUUACAUUUAUUCUUAUUCUUUAAGUUUUGUAUAUAACUUCCCUUAGAGGUAUAUGAGUGAAGGCAGAGCAUAAUUUUAAAAAUAAAAUCAAGACUAUUACUGAUUCUUAUCCUGUAACUCCAGAAUAAUUAUGGUGUUGUGCUAUUUAUUUAUUUAAAAAAUCUUUAUUGAAAGUUCAAAAAGUACAUAAAUAUGUGCACCAGACAUGGUGAGACACAAACAAGAAAGAGAAACAACCUGUGUAGAAGGGAAAACAAAGGGGGGAAGGGGGACCCAAAACUAUAUACAGUGGUACCUCGGUUUCCGAACAUCUCCAUUGACGAACAUUUUGGGAACUCGAAUGCUGUAAACCCAGAAGUAAAUGCUUUGGUUUUCAAACUCGUCUCAGAAGUUGAACCGGAAAUGUGGCUUCCAUAUUGAGUUUUCCGUUUUGAGGCUUCUGUUUUGAGUUUUCGAAUGUUUUGGAACUCAUAUGGUCUUCCAGAACGGAUUAUGUUCGAAAACCGAGGUACCACUGUAUUUUACCUAGGUUGUUAUUGUGCUUCACCAGAUCUUAACCUGUUACAGUACAGUGGUACCUCUGGUUACGUACUUAAUUCGUUCUGGAGGUCUGUUCUUAACCUGAAACUGUUCUUAACCUGAAGCACCACUUUAGCUAAUGGGGCCUUCUGCUGCCGCUGCGCCACCGGAGCAUGAUUUCUGUUCUCUUCCUGAAGCAAAGUUCUUAACCUGAAGCACUAUUUCUGGGUUAGUGGAGUCUGUAACCUGAAGCGUCUUCCUGUGCUGCUUCAGACAUGUGGUUUGUACAUUUUUCUUGGUACAUUUAUGAACAUUUAUUACAUAUGUAAGACCUUAAAAUUCUUAUUACAGUGGCAAGUCUGCGUUUAUAUGUUGCGAGUUUGUAUAAGUCUUCAAUCCACUCGUAGAAGGGAGCCACAUUUCUCCGCCAUCAGUCUUUUUCUGUGGUAAGGGCAUGGAGAGUCCAUCUCAAAUAGUCCUUUUGUAAGGUUCCAUGUGCUGGGUAUAUAAUUCAAUAGGAUAUUUUGCUCUGUUAAUGUAAGGUUGUUCCAUACAUUUCUGUUGAUGGUUUGUUACCUUCUGCUAAAAACCUUUCAAUGUAGGACAGUGAAAAAACAUGUUUUAGAGAAGCAUUAUCCCUAUUGCAUCUCUAACAGCCCUUCUUUUAAACAAACGUAAUGGGCUCCAGUAUAUUCUAAAUAUUAUUUUUUGUUGUGUGAGCCUCAAUUUAAGAUCCAGAGACACCCUUGUUAUACCAGUUAAAACAGUUUCCCACUGUGUGGUUGAAAUGGAUAUCUCUAAUUCUUUAUUCCAACCCUCCCUCAAUACCUGUAUAUCAAAAUGGUUUGCUGAUAACAAAUAUUUAUAUAUGUUGAUGGCCGUUUUUGUUGUUGUGUAAGAAUUAAUCAGCUGCUUCAAUAUUUCUGGGGUCUCUGAGGCUGUAAAAGCUCUUGGUCUGUAGAUGGUGGUUAGCAAGUGUUUUGUCUGGAGAUAUUGCCAGUGAGAAUUUGUAGGUAGUCUGUAUUUGUCUCUUAAGAUGGAAUAUGUAUAAAAUUCAUUCUCUUCGUUUAUCAACUGGUCUAACGUUAAUGUACCCAAAUUCAUCCACCUCUUCCACAUGACCAUUUCUUUCUUGAUUUUUAAAGACUGGUUUCCCCACAAAGUCGACAAAUGUGUUGUGCCAUAAUUACAAGCCUCAGACUACUACUACUGCAGCUCCAGGAUGAAAGGAGGGGGGUUGGCGACUUAUCAGCUUGGCUCAGCAUUUCUGAGGUGCUCAGAGUGCUUUGGAACUACAUGGCCAAAACAAGUCCUAGCCCCAUUUUGCAGCUCAGAUCUAGAGAGGGCCCUGUGACUUGUGUUUCAUGCUUCACUUCCAUGUAGUAUGAUCCCCUUCUGCAGCUCCUCAUAAUGCUUCUAAGUUGGUGAAAAAAGGAUGGUAGACUACAAAAACAAAAAUGUGUGCUUUUUCUGCCAAAGAGUAUGUUUUAUAUUCUUUUUAAUCUUUGGUUCCUGAGUAUUUCACUUUUUAAUUUUCAGAACAUGGUCAUGUUAUGUGAUAAAUUUCAGAAUGGGAGCACCAACAUUUUCAUUGACUGAGAUUUAAGUAUACAUACAAAAGCAAAUUUGGAAAGCUAAUGAUUUGAAUCAACAAAUAUCACCAUUGUCCUUUGGGUGAACUGGACUAUAGCCAUAAUCCUGUUGUAGCAAUGGCCAACUGGCAGCGUCUGGGGCACAACUGGCCCCUGCUCACUUCUUGAUUCCCCCCCCCCCGAACCCACCCUAUCUGAGUGAUGCUGAAAGGAGGGCCUACAAAUAGUUCCACGUUGUACCAAGCCUGUACUAUUCUUUCCUACUUCGCUGGUGCACUUACUACUGCUACCACCACACAGAAUGCUCAGAGGCCAGUUGUUGUUAUUUAUUAAAUUUUUAUAACACACUUCAUCUGUAGAUCUCAGGGUUGUUCACAGCAUAAAAUAUAAGAUUUUGUGUUUUUACACAAAAUACAUAAUAAAAACAAAGCAAAGCCCUUACCCCACCCCCUCCCAAAUAGGUUUGGGGGGCAUUCAAUACUUUACAUGGCUGGAUCACUCAGGGAUUCCAAGCCUUGCUUCUUACUAAGAAAGCACCUCAUGUUUUAGAGUUCUUUGAGAGUGUCAACAGGUAUGUGGAUAAGAGUGAUCCAGUAAUCUAUAUACUUGAAUGUUUGAAAAGCUAUUGAUAAAAGCCUUUGUUGAGGGAAUUUAAAUAAAUUUGGCACAAUGGGAUUAGAGGGCCGGCAUUUUACGAAUUUGUAACUGGCUAAAAAAGAGAAAGUAGACCACAGGAAUGAAUAUAGUUUUCACAAGGGGGGCACAUAACUUGGUUCCCCAAGGAUCUGAUUAUUGAAACUGAUUAUUUUUCGCGUGUUCAUAAAUGAUCUGGUGUUAAGCAUGAGCAGUGAGGUGACCAAGGAUGGACGAAAUCAAAAGAGUGUCUCCAAAUUGGGUGAAGGAGCAGCAAAAUGGCAAAUGCAGUUCAGUAUAAAUAACUGUAAAGUCUUGCACAUUGGAACAAAAACUCCUAAAUUUACAUGCACACUGAUGGGAUAUGAACUAGUAGUAACCAAUCAGGAAAGAGAUAUUUGUAUUGAGGUGGACAGCUCACUGAAAACCCUGACAUAAAAAUAGAAUUUGGGGCCAUUCGGUGAAACUGAUCUUUAGGAGAUUCAGGAUAGAAGAUACUUUACACAGUGCACAAUUAAUUUAUGAAAUUUGAUGCUGCAAGAUGUGAUGAUUACUAGAAUAGUUAACUCUGAAAGGGGAUAAGAUAAACUCAUGAUUUUUAGUCAUGGGUUAUAUAGCAAUAUAUUAAAAAAUUAAAAAAUUGUCUAGUAGCACCUUAGAGACCAGCUAAGUUUGUUCUUGGUAUGAGUUUUCAUGUGCAUGCACACUUCUUCAUAGUAUCUGAAGAAGUGUGCAUGCACACGAAAGCUCAUACCAAGAGCAAACUUAGUUGGUCUCUAAGGUGCUACUGGACAAUUUUUUAUUUUACUUUAUUUCUGCUGCAUCAGACCAACACGGCUACCUACCUGAAUCUAUAGCAAUAUAUUGUUGUUUUUUAAAUCAUGAUUUUCCAAAAUGCAAGCAUAUAUUGCAUACCUUGGAUUCCAAAGUAUUGUACUUGUAAAUUACAUUUUUGACAUGAAUAAGAGUAACAAGAACCUGUUAACCCUCCCUAAACAUGUCAGGUAAUCAACACAGACAUAUUGUUGUUUGCUUGUCUGUUGUUUUACUUUUUUUGGUAUCGUAUCAUAUUUCUUUUUCCAGUUCAUAGGUAAUGUUAGAAGGACAAUCCAUAGCCGUCCAUGUGUGGCUGGUGGAUUAUUUGGAUGGUCAUGGUUUAUGAGCUGAAUAAAGGAAUACCAAGUACAGUGGAACCUCGGGUUACGUACCGUACUCCUUAUGAACGCUUCAGUUAACGAGCUCCGUUAGCCCGGAAGUAGAUGCUCCUGCUUGCAAACUUUGCGAGCGGAAGGCACACUGCGGCAGCGGAAGGCCCCAUUAGCGCAAGUGUGCCUCAUGUUAAGAACGGUUUCGGGUUAAGAACGGACCUCUGGAAUGCAUUAAGUUCGUAACUGGAGGUACCACUAUAUUCCUAAGGAUUAUGUUGCUUAAUCUCAGUUUCAACAGCAGGAGAGAGUUAUUACCUUCAUGCUUGUGGGUUUUCUUCGAACGCCUGAUUUCACUAUUGCAGAAGCAGAAUGCUUGGCUUGAUGCACUUUGUUCUGUUACUCUGCUGCAAGCAGGGCAUGAUGAGGCAAGCCCAAGAGUGGUACUGGCCAGAAAAACAUAGCAUAGUUGUUCACAAAUUUCCCUCCUAGCUAUGAACUGGAAUGGCCAUCUGUCAUUAGUAGAGAUUCCUGCAUUGCAGGGAGUCAGACUUGAUUACCCUGGGGACCCUUCCAACUCCUACAGUUCUAUGUUUCUAUGACUUGGGUGAGGAGUCAGGCAUAUCUUUGUGCCACUGCUCUUUUGGUCUACAAAGAGAGUUAAGAUGGGAGUGUGUGGCACCAGGUUUAACUUUUUUCCAAGUACCCCGUUGAUGGUGUAGGUACAGCAGAACCUGAUUCAUGCGUGGCAUUGUGUAUUUCUGUGAAAUUUUAUAGAAAUUUUGAUUUUCAACAAAUUAUAAAUACAGUAUAACAAUAACUACCCUGUUUUCCUUCUUCCCAGAACAGAUGAUCAGUCUUAUCAAAUCUUGCCAUAAACUUGUUUGUGAGCCCAGUGGAUGGCAAUCUGAAAAGACUCUUUUGCUCAGAACACUGCAAAAGUAUCUCUAAGCUUUAAGAAAGAUCAAGGGGAAAAUGGAACAUAGGGGUUAGAAAGAGGUCCCAAGUCCUGGUAUCAUUUGGUCUUUAAAGCUGAGAGAUGUAUGGAAAACCUUUCUGAACAGUGCAGGAGACUUGGUCUACUACCUCCCAUUUCCUUUGCUUCAAAGUGGUCUUCUUAUAAAACUAUUUGCUAAUCAAGGGUCUAAUAAAUGCAUAUUGAGAGUGCUUUAUCUUGGAGGUCAUGGGGGAAUCUAUAAGUUCUGUGGGAGAUUCACCCUAAAUUAUAUGGUUGAAGCCAAGGAAGUACCAGAGCACCCAUGUCAUUUGUUCCUGACUACAAGUUCAACUACAAGUUUCUAUGAAAGCUCUUAAUGUCUAAAUUCAAAGGGCCAAUCUCAUGCAGCGCACAUUGCUCUCUCCCUCCCUCCCUCCCUUUGUUAAAUCAAAAGUAUAGAUGGCAGCUUUUCUUCUACCAGGUUCUUAUCCGUCAGAGAAGGCCGCUGUAUUUUUGCAAGAGAGAUGGUAAAAAGCUCUUAGGUUCUGCAGCAAUUGGAUGGUCAGGCAGUUUUCAUAAGGCUGCACAGGAGGAGGAGACUGAACCUCAUGAAUGGCUGCUGGCUAAUGUGCAGAUCUGCUAUCAUUAUUUUGUCCUAAUCAGCUUGUGUGUCUGUCAGUUGUUUUCUGUAGGCAGACAUGUUUUAAAGCAGAGUUCAGCAACCUAAGGCCCAUGGGCUGGUUCUAGCCCAUGAGCUUCCUGGAACCGGCCCACGGCUGUUCUGUGGAUCGGCAUGGGGAUUCUGUGCUUUUUUCCCCGCAGCACCAUUUUUUUCUCGCCACGGUGACCGACUUCCGGGUCAGAAGCAUGCUGGAAAUAGCGUAUGCACAUGGGCACUCCUCCACCCCAGAAGUUCACUGGAAAUAGCUUGAGCGCACACACGGGCGUGCAUGCUCCGGCCCACCCGAGAGGUCUGCCAGUGAGUGGACUGGGCCGGCCUCAAAAAACAUUGCUGACCCCUGUUUUAAAGACUAGGGUUGUCGGGCUGAUGUUUAAUGAGGAGAAACAGACUGAUGUAUCUCCCCAAACCUCACUAGCUGUUGCUUCCUUUUGAAUUUCAUUGGUGUGUAAGGAGUCUUUGGGUGAGUGGGGAGGGCAAGGAUAGAAUAUACUUUGAGAAAUCCAAGGAAAUGACUUUUAUUAAUUGGUAAUUAACUGCCACUGUCUUUACAGGAAUUGGAAUGGACACUUGUGUUAUUCCUUUAAGACAUGGAGGCCUAUCUUUGGUCCAGACAACAGAUUACAUUUAUCCUAUUGUGGAUGAUCCUUAUAUGAUGGUGAGUUGCCUAAACAUAUGUAUGGGGCGGGGGAAAGGUGCCUGUUAGCUACCUAAAUUGUGAUUGGCGAGCAUUGUUUUGGGCAGUUCUAGACUUUCUCUGUUGUGAUUGGACAGUUGACCUGCCAGUUUUGUGAAGUUUUUCUCCUGUUAGAGGCAGAGCUCUAGAUCUGAGCUUUGUAUUCCAGUUGUCUUGGGAUACUUUGAAUCAGAACUGUACUGUAUUAGGAUCACUCUUGGACUCUUAACUAAAUACCUGCUCUCCAUGAAAUUUAUUGCCCAAGGUACUCCAACCUACUGUAUUGAUACAAACACAUUCAGAAUAGCAAGUAUGAAGUCUGCAACUGGGUGCUGCAAUCCAAAGAAUCAGUAUAUACAUAUGGAAUAUAACUGCAGGUACAAUCACAAGCGUGUAUGGUGUUUGUGCUACAGCUGUUCCUAUUACUGAAAAGACGAGUUGCUUUUUAAUUGAAUAUCAUUUAAAUGAGUAUCAUUAUAUCUUGCUGAUAAUGGAAACUGCUGGAUGCUGACAUCAAAUGAAACUCCAGCUGUAUGUGCAGUUAUGUGUCACACAUGCCUGUUGUUUCUUUAUAUUGCAGACAAGGUUUCAUGUGCUCUGUUCUGCUUUGUGGGGGCUAGGUUUUUUGUAGAUGUGUGUAGCUUGAAAAUUACCAGUAACAAGCAAUUUGUGACCAGCUAUGCCUGGGACUAUUUAAAAGUCCUGGCUUGUGAGCAAUUGCCACAUUCUUUUAAAAGGGAGGAGGAGGGGACCACUGGCCACUUUCACUUAACUCUGAUACAUUGACAGUUUGCCACUUCAGCCUAACUCUGAAAUGUUGACACUGGUUAAAUAUCUUCCAGAGCUGUCUGCUGUGUCUCUUAAGGGAAGAAAUAGAUAAUCAUUCACCAAUGCAAUAUUAAAAUGUUUAUUAAAACAAAGGAAUUCUAAUUGUAGUAGACCUGACUGCAAAUGUAUAUUUCUGCCUGGAGGUGGUGCCACAUAUAUUACAGAAUUCUGGACAUUAUUGGCAAUGCAGUACACUAGAAGCAUGUUUUAAUAUAGUUGUAAAAAAAAAUGUUCCCUUUGAAACAGAGUAUAAAAAUCUUUAUUUCAUUAUCUCUGCCUUUCCAUUGUUGAAAAGUUUAGGAGAAGGAUGUAUCUUUUCCCCCUAUCUUAUUUUGUAAAGCAGCACAUGAAUUGAUGAUGCUUUGUAAAUUCAAUAAUUUUUUUUGGUGUGUUUUUAGGGACGUAUAGCCUGUGCCAAUGUUCUUAGUGAUCUUUAUGCUAUGGGAGUCACUGAGUGUGACAACAUGUUGAUGCUGCUUGGAAUAAGUAAUAAAAUGACAGAUAGGGUAAGUACUGUAAAUACUGCUAUAGGAAUGCAUCAUGCUAACAUAUUGCCUUGUGUCCCUGAAAAUGAACACCAGCUUUCAUAGAGAACAAUGCAACCUUUAUUCCAAGCAUCCACAAGAGAAUCCCAUGUUUGUUGUUGAACAUCUAUCAGUUAUCUUAGGAUAACAAAAACAUUUUUUCCAGCUUCCGUUAUGAUUCACGCUCAAAGAAAAAAGAAAGAAUUACAUUUAUAUACCACCUUUUCCUCCAAGGAGUUCAAGGCAGGACACACGGUUCUCCCCUUCCCAUUUAAAAAUAGUUGUAAAAAGAGUAAGCAAGCCUAGGGGAGAUCAGAGGUUGGCUGAGUGUUGUGUGAACUGGGCCAGUCUGCAAUUACCAGGGCCAGGUGAGACCAGACUAUUUUUGUAGUCAGACUAAAACAUGCACACAGGCUUUUGCGGUUCAUACCACUAUUGGGGUACAGCAAGGUGCUUGAAGGUAGUUGGAAUGUUUUUUCUCACACAACACUUUGGUGAGUGCAUAAUAUCAAGCAAUAUGUAACUUCUGUUUAAUCUAGAACUCACAAAUAUGGGAUAUCUACUUGCCCAAUCUUUGUUUUGCAUUUUCAUCUCAUUAUUGAAUGGCACAGUGUGUGGGAGGGGUGCUUUUUUGCUUGGCGUGACUUGUACCAUGCAGAGAAGUGUUCUGCUUUUCACAAUGUACAUUGGUAUUGUUUUGUGUUCCCCUGUACAUACCUUGCUGUAUGCUUUUUAUUAAAAGUUUUUGAUUCAGUGGUACAGAGAUGGGCUUCAGUCGAGUGGGGGCUUCCACAAACAAAAGGAGGAGGCGGAGCUUUUUUUGGUCAUUUCCCCAUAUUCCCCUAUACCACCUCCCAAGCUGUCCUGAAAGGUCAAGCAGCUCCCAAGUGCAAACAUUUUAGAGGUGGGGUAGAAUGAGGGGAAAGAGAAAAGUUGCAGAAAUCUCUUCCCCUCUCCAUUAAUGGCAGUUGAAAGCACCCACUUUCACGAGUAGAGUACUCACAUCUCUACAUCCAACCCGUUUAAGCAUAGGUUUUGAAUCCAAGAAAUUGUUCUUAAUUGUACUUGUACUUUAAGUUUUUGGAAAAUGUGUCUCAAAGACUUUAAAAGAAACUGUGAAACAUUCUGCUCUGGUUUUGGGUUGACCAGUAGCUCCUAUGGAUGGUUUGUAAGUUAAAAAUGGAUUCAGCAUGUACUGGUUUGCACCUCCAGACUGGAUUUUUUUCAUUGAUUAUAGAGUUUUUCUGCUUGUGUUGUUUCUGAUCUCUAGGAAAGAGACAAAGUAAUGCCUCUAAUUAUCCAAGGUUUUAAAGAUGCCGCAGAAGAGGCAGGAACAUCAGUGACUGGUGGUCAGACAGUAUUAAACCCUUGGAUUGUUUUAGGAGGAGUGGCCACAACAGUCUGCCAGCCUAAUGAGUUUAUAAUGUGAGUUGAAGCAUUUAAUCCUAUGCAAAAGGGGUUGUAAAAUAUUAAAAGGGGUAGGUACUGUUAAAAUUCUGGAUAUUUCCUUUCUGUAAUGUUAUCUGUAAGAAAAUUGAUGAUAUUUUGGCCUUUGGGUUCUUGGAUAUUAAUCAUACAUAGAAUCAUAGAAUCAUAGAGUUGGAAGAGACCACAAGGGCCAUCGAGUCCAACCCCCUGCCAAGCAGGAAACACCAUCAGAGCACUCCUGACAUAUGGUUGUCAAGCCUCUGCUUAAAGACCUCCAAAGAAGGAGACUCCACCACACUCCUUGGCAGCAAAUUCCACUGUCAAACAGCUCUUACUGUCAGGAAGUUCUUCCUAAUGUUUAGGUGGAAUCUUCUUUCUUGUAGUUUGGAUCCAUUGCUCCGUGUCCGCUUCUCUGGAGCAGCAGAAAACAACCUUUCUCCCUCCUCUAUGUGACAUCCUUUUAUAUAUUUGAACAUGGCUAUCAUAUCACCCCUUAACCUCCUCUUCUCCAGGCUAAACAUGCCCACCUCCCUUAGCCGUUCCUCAUAAGGCAUCGUUUCCAGGCCUUUGACCAUUUUGGUUGCCCUCCUCUGGACACGUUCCAGUUUGUCAGUGUCCUUCUUGAACUGUGGUGCCCAGAACUGGACACAGUACUCCAGGUGAGGUCUGACCAGAGCAGUAUACAGUGGCACUAUUACUUCCCUUGAUCUAGAUGCCAUACUCCUAUUGAUGCAGCCCAGAAUUUCAUUGGCUUUUUUAGCUGCCGCGUCACACUGUUGGCUCAUGUCAAGUUUGUGGUCAACCAAGACUCCUAGAUCCUUUUCAUGUCUAACUGCAGAAUCCUAUAAAUAUUUUCUUGGACAUAAGUCUUGCUGUGUUCAAUGAGGCUUACUCUCUAGUAAGUGUGUUUAGAAUGGCAGCCUCAGAAACCUUUAAAAUGAGUUACCCUUUUCAUUUGGAGCGUGUAUCAAGAAUGAAAGUUAAGCUUCUGUUCUUCAAAGAACUCUGGUGUCACAUUCUAGAUUAGAAUGUUAAUUGAAUGUGACCAUUACCAAUUUUUUUAAAGGUCCUUGAAUAACAUGUAUAAACAUACCCAGGAAAUCAUAUUAAUAGUUGCCACUUUAUUCAGCAUAUAGUGGAACCUCGGGUUGUGAACAUGAUCCAUGCGGGAGGCACGUUUGCAACCUGCAGCGCCACGUCUGCACAUGCGUGUGACCCACUUAUUUAGCGUUAUUUAGCACUUAUGCGCGAGCGCCGAAACCCGGAAGUAACACAUUCCAGUACUUCUGGGUUCAGCGCGUCCGUAACCUGAAAACGUGCAACCUGCAGCGAUCGCAACCCGAGGUAUGACUGUACUGGCUACCUGUUACAUUGUACCCUACAAUGUACAUCCUUGGAGCACUAUGUGGCUGUAAAUCCUUCCAUGAUUGCAGUUGUUGGCUUUGAAGUCUGCUUACUUUGUUUCUCCUUGAUACAAUAACUUGCGCUGAAAUCCUAAGCUUUUGAAGUAGGAGGAAUGAGAUUUCCUUCUACAUACAGAACUGAGACCAGAAUCCUGCUACGGAAGCUAGACAUAAAUAAGAUCUAUUAUAGGUAGUGUGAGUGGCUAUUUCUCAUCAUUAAGCACUUUAAAAACAAUCCUCUGAAACAUGAAUAAAUGUCAAACGAAUUAUUUAAGCCACCUAAACAAGCACAUUUCAUGGGAUUUCAAAAAGUAUUUUUGUUAUUUAAAAAUAAAAUCUUUGACCUUUUCUUUUACUUUGUCUUUGUGAUUAUAUUCUUUUUAAAAAACAACAACCACACACGCACCAAAGGUCUAGUAUCUGACUGAUUCACAGUAUAGUUCUGAAGAUGUUGUUUUUUCAUUGGUUACCUGUAGUAUCUUUCCAUAGCCUUCUGUAGCUGGACAGAGGGCUACUGUUACUCAGUUUGAGAUGCAAAGUUCAUAAAAUUGUCCUCUGGCAUUUCACUUCUCAUAGUCCUCAGUUUUAGAGUAAACUCUUUUGGUGGUUGAGCAUUGUUGUAUAUAUUCUGUGGAAUGCUGACUGGGAAAUAGUCACAUCAUAUGUGUCUUUUUACAUAUAUGGGUGUCUUGUUUGCAGGCCAGACAAUGCAGUGCCAGGAGACGUGCUUGUGUUAACUAAACCCUUGGGAACGCAGGUUGCUGUAGCUGUCCACCAGUGGCUAGAUAUUGUAAGUAAAUGCGUCUGAAUGGGGUCAGAGUAAAGGAUCAGAGAAAUAAUCUGUGUAGCUCUUUAUCUGAGGCAGUUAUCUUAACCUUGAAAAUAUAACCUGUUUAAUCAGUAUUUGAACCAGUGAAUAGGCUUAAACCUAUUUACAUAAACUGCUAGCAAUUUGCUAUUGAAAUCUUUGAAACUGGGGUUUUGCUCUGCAAGUAUAGAUCAGUUAAUUAUCUAGAAAUUAAAAAAAAAAUCUCUGAAAUGCAGUAUUAGUGGUAGUAUUGAAACUUUUCACUGUAAAAGCACAUCUCUAUGUAUAUUGAUAUAGGGCAUCUAUUUUAAUAAUGUUCUUUUCAUUGUGCUUGAUGAAUACUCAGAUGGUGGUGAUGAUGAUGAUGAUUUUAUGAAUUUAAAUUCAUGCAAAGAUUGCAGGGCAGUUCACAACAUAAAAAUACAAAAUGAGAAGACAGAAUACAUAAUAAACCAAAAAGAAACCAAUAACCCCCUCCCACAAACACAUUUAAAAGGCCGUAGACUGUUCAAUCAGUCAAUGGUUUAAAGAGACAUGAUGAAGGCACUAGGUGAGCUUUCCUGGGGUGACCGUUCCACAAUGGGGAGCCACUGCAGAAAAGCCCCAUUCUCAUGUUGUUGCCUCUUGUGGAGGUGCCACACAAAGAAGGGCCUUAGAUGGUAGUUGCAGAGUUAGGAAACCACUAGUAAACAGUAUAUAUUGACAGUUUUUUAAAGCGUGUCAUCAUUUUAAGAAAGGUAAAGUAUAAAUAAAAGCAAGUUGGGCUAUCAUGUAUGUUACAUGCAAAGGCCAGGAGUUUUCUUGGCUCACUUCCUACCAUCUUAGGAUGAGGAGACAUGAAAUAACAAUUCAGGAGAUUCCAUAGUUUUUUGAAUGUGGGAUAUUCCUUUUCAGAUCUUGCAGUCCCAUUUGAGUAUUCAAGUACUCACAACCUAAUUGAAAAUGAAUACAGAUUGUUUAGAGACCCUUUGCUUUGAGGUGGAUUGGGGCAUUCAUCAGACAGAUUUACUGUCCUCUGCCCCACACUGUUAGGCAGACUUGAAAUGCUUCUUGAUUCAUUGUUGCACCUGGUUUCCCAGGUUGCAUCCGUAAUUAAGUGUGAGUUAUGUGUGUAAUUAUGUGUGAAUUAUGUAUUGUGUGUUCAUAUUUUUGACAUUAAGGCUGCAACCCUACACACUUACCUGAUAGUAAGCCCCAUUGAAUACAGCAGAACUUUCUUCUAAGUUAAUAUGCACACUAGACCAUUACUGAGGGUGGUAGAAAGCCAAGCAAACUGUAAAGAGUUCCAAAAGCAGCUCUUUAAUGUGGGUGAAUGGAGAACAUUAUUGCAAAUGCAGUUCAGUGAAAGUAAAUGUAAAGUGAUGCACAUUGGGAGAAAAAAUCCCAUCUUCAUCAUCUCCACUAGCUUAUGUGACUUUAGAAAGGAAUUUGCCUUGAGAUAUGUUUGGAAGGCAACAAAUAAAUGACAACAGUAAUAAUACUUGACUCCUGUUGGAAGCAAGAUGCUGGACUAUAUAAGACCUUUAGUCUACUGCACUUUAAACAAAGUAAUUGCAUCACAUGCAGAAUUUAUGUAGUUAAAACACAGAUAGUUUGAUCUUGUUUUUUCUUCAACAUACUAGCCAGAAAAAUGGAACAAAAUCAAGUUGGUGGUUACACAAGAAGAUGUGGAGCUAGCCUAUCAAGAAGCAAUGAUGAAUAUGGCAAGACUCAACAGAACAGGUACGAGAAUGGGGUAUACAUGCUUCAUGAUGAAACUUUUUGGAGUUAAAUAUGGCUAAAGUCACUAAGAGGCAAACAGUUUUUGAAAAGCAUGUACACCGUUUGUAUUAGAGCUGGAAAAAUAUUAGUGUUGCAAUAAAUCAGAAAUAAAUCAGAUUUCCAAAGCCCUCAGAAUAUAGAGGCCUUUGCAAUGUUCUGAAAAUCAAAAUGGAUGGUCUUGGCUUCCUUUUUAAAAGUAGGAUCAGAGGACAUCAGAACAUUUUCUCUGCCUUUGAUUGAAAUGACAAGAAUGGUUACUCUUGCUAUCCUUGCCAUGGCUUCUUACCUAGUACUCCAUUUCUCUCUGGGCAGAUAGUUUUUUAAAUCAAACUUGGUCGUAGAAUUUCUGCAUUCUUUGCAAAUACAGUGGUACAUCGGGUUACAUACGCUUCAGGUUACAGACUCCGCUAACCCAGAAAUAUUUCUUCAGGUUAAGAACUUUGCUUCAGGAUGAGAACAGAAAUUGUGCUCCGGCAGCGUGGCAGCAGCAGGAGGCCCCAUUAGCUAAAGUGGUCCUUCAGGUUAAGAACAGUUUCAGUUAAGUACAGACCUCCGGAACGAAUUAAGUACUUAACCCGAGGUACCACUGUACCACUGUACAUGAAUAAACUAAUGCUUGUUGUAAUCUGCCAGAGCAUUCCAUGUUUAUUGAGGUUUCAAGGUUGGAACGGUAUGGAGAGUGGCAUUGUAGUGCUUCUGACAGGUUAUGUGAACUUGAUUUUAAAUAAAAGCAGAAGUUCUGGUUCUCUGUUCCACCUGCACCUUUUGUAUGAUCAGAUUUGAAAGCCGGUAUGACAGGGACCCAUCUAUACAUCAUUGGGAAUUGUUAAACAUUCUUCAAUUUCACUCCCAACACAGCGUUUGGCAGAACCUUCUGGAACCCAUAACCUAUUCAGAGUUGCCUGUGUAGCAGACUAUGCAACCCGUCUCCAGCUUGAGCAAUGCAGGGGAACACGGGAGUCUUCCUUUUUUCUUGAUAGGGAGUAUAAGGUGUAGGAACAAGGGAACACUUAACUGUGUGUGUGUUUGAAGUGGCCUCAGAGAGACCAAUUUUCCUUACCACUUCGCUUCAACUACAGUGGUUUAAGAACAGCUUAGUUUAUGAACAACUUGGAUUAAGAACGCUGCAAACCCGGAAGUAGGUGUUUUGAUUUGUGAACUUUGCCUUGGAAGCAGAACAUGUUUCGCUUCCUGUUGUGUGUGUUCCAUUUAUAAUUUGAGUCCCCCACUGCUAUGGGAAAGCACACCUUGGUUUAAGAAUGGACUUCUGGAACGGAUUAAGUUCGUAAACCGAGGUACCACUGUAUUUGGUCCUACAGAAGGGCUUUUCAAACAUGUUAAAACUUUCUGCAAUUGUGGGUGGCCCCAGGUCCAUACAGACACUUUUUAGUAUGUCCUAUAAAAACUGCUGCUAGUCAGUGAUUAAUGUUUCUUUCAAUGUUUGUGGAAAUAACCUAUGAUGCUGGUUUAUUUUGUAUGGUGCACAAAUUGAGAAACUGCUUACCUGAUAGUUUAUAAAGCUGUUCUAACUAUCUUUCCGCAGGAGCAUCAUCUAAAUAUAAUUCCCCUAAAAGGAAAAUAUUUUUUAAGUGGAGUGUGCGCGCGCGCAUGUGUUUCAGGUCUGAAUAUCCCAAAUCUAUUAUACAUAGAGAAUGAAAGAAGCUUAGACUUCAGUUUGUUUGAAAUUAGGUUUUCCUACUCACUGGUCAUGUAAUUAAACUUAUUAGUAUGUAGGGAGUAUAUGUAGCCACUCAAAUAAAACAAAAGUUGAACUUAACCUGGAACUGUUCUUUCAAAGUUGUAAAAUAUAUUUACAUGACACUUCCUUCUUCUAACUAAGAACAAUACUUUCCAAACUCCUCAUGCUUUGAAAGCUACAUUGAACAGCACCCUAGAAUGUGCCAUCUGUAAUGUAUACUAAUCAUUACUGCAUUUGAUGACUACCUGCUCACAUCCUCUUACCUGCUUACUGCUUCUAUUGCAUAUGCAGAAAAUAGCAGGAGACAUUUUCAUGUGGUUCACAAUUUAACAGAACCACCAUUGGGGUUCCGUUAACCCCAAGAUCUCCUGCAAUGAUUUCGCAACAAUUUUUGCAGAUAAAGUCGCUCAGAUUCGGAAGGAAGUAGACUCCACCGUGGGAGCAGGGCCGGGGCGGGAGAGUGCUAGAGUCCUGUCUAGUAGAGUUGCAUGGAAUCAAUUCCAAUCUGUUACCUCCGAGGAUGUGGACAGGCUGCUUGGACGAGUGAAACCAACCACCUGUCUCCUUGAUCCUUGCCCAUCCUGGCUCAUACAUGCGAGCAAGGAAGGGCUGGGUGAUGGGCUCUGCGGGGUGGUGGAUGCUUCCCUCUGUGAGGGAGCAUUCCCAGACCCAUUGAAAGAGGCGGUCAUUAAACCGCUUCUUAAAAAAACAUCUUUGGACCUGGCCAAUAUGGCCAACUAUCACCCAGCCUCAAAUCUUCCAUUUUUGUCUAGGUGAUUGAGCGGGUGGUUGCUGAACAACUCCAGGCACUCCAGGAGGAUGCGGACCAUUUGGAUCCCUUCCAGUCAGGAUUCAGGCUGCCCCAUGGGACUGAAACUUUCUUGGUCGUGCUGGUUGAUGAUCUCUCUCACUUGUGUUGCCUCAGGGUUCUGUCCUCUCCCCCAUGCUUUUUAAUAUCUAUACAAAGCUGCUGGGAGAGAUUAUCAGGGGGUUUGGGCUGGGUGUUCAUCAGUAUGCGGAUACCCAGCUCUACCUCUCUUUCAAAUCGGAACCAGUGAAGGCAGUGAGUGCCUGGAGGCGGUUGGAGGAUGGAUGGCGGCUAACAGAUUGAGGUUGAAUCCUGAUACGGCAGAAGUACUAUUUUGGGGGGAAAGGGGGCAGGUGGGUGUGGAGGACCCCUGGUCCUGAAUGGGGUAACUGCCCCUGAAGGACCAGGAGCGCAGCCUGGAAGUCAUUUUGGACUCACAGCUGUCCAUGGAGGCACAUGUCAAUUCUGUGUCUGGGGCAGCUGUCUACCAGCUUCAUCUGGUACGCAGGCUGAGACCCUGUCUGCCCAUAGACUGUCUCACUAGAGUGGUGCAUGCUCUAGUUAUCUCCCACUUGGACUACUGCAAUGCACUCUACAUGGGGCUACCUUUGAAGGUGACUCAGAAACUACAACUAAUCCAGAAUGUGACAGCUAGACUGGUGACUGGGAGCGGCCCAUUGAGACCACAUAACACUGGUCUUGAAAGGCCUACAUUGGCUCCCCGCACGUUUCGGAGCACAAUUAAAAGUGUUGGUGCUGCCUUGAAAGCCCUAAAUGGCCUCGCCCAGUAUACCUGAAGGAGCGUCUCCACCCCCAUCAUUCUGCCCGGACACUGAGAUCCAGCACCAAGGGCCUUCUGGCAGUUCCCUCACUGUGAGAAGCAAAGUUACAGGGAACCAGGCAGAGGGCCUUCUCGGUAGUGGCGCCCGCCCUGUGGAACGCUCCCAUCAGAUGUCAAAGCGAUAAACAACUACCUGACAUUCAGAAGACAUCUUAAGGCAGCCCUGUUCAGGGAAGUUUUUAGUGGGUGACAUUUUAGUGUAUUUUUGGUCUCUGUGGAAGCCGUCCAGCAUGGCUGGGGAAACCCAGACAGAUGGGCGGGGUACAAAUAAUAAAUUAUUAUUAUUAUUAUUAAUGACUGAUGUUUCAAUGUAUUUUUAGUCUCCUUCUGGAAGCAGCCUAGAGUAGCUGGGGAAACCCAGCUGGAUGGACACAGUGUAUAAGUAAUAAAUGAUGGUGAUGGUGAUGAUGCAACUUCAUUUUUACUCUUUCUGCAACAUUUCUGAGUAUUUUAAUAAAACCUAGUUCAGAAUUACUACUACUACUACUGGUACUAUUUCUGUUCAUUACCUGCCCUUCACUAUGUGGUCCAUGGGUGAAUUACAACAGUUUCAAAUUCAAUAUGGAAAACAGUUCAUAUAAAUUACAGUCACAGGAAUAGGGUGGGUCCUGAAACCACAUCUCUUGUGUGAAAGUUCAGAGUAAAGUGAUGGGUCUUGAAACUUCACAGUACAUAACUUAAACAUUUGCACAAAGUGGUGGAAAAGAAACUGCAGAAUUCAUCGUAAUGUUUUCUCCUGUUUUCCAUUUCCAGCUGCAGGACUGAUGCACACAUUCAAUGCACAUGCAGCCACAGACAUCACAGGCUUUGGAAUCCUGGGGCAUGCACAAAAUUUAGCCAAGCAGCAGCGCAAUGAGGUUUCUUUUGUUAUACACAAUCUUCCUGUUCUUGCCAAAAUGGCUGCAGUCAGCAAGGCGUGUGGCAACAUGUUUGGCCUUAUGCAUGGGACGUGUCCUGAGACUUCAGGUAAAUCUCCCUUUUUAAAAUAAGGUUUUUCUCCUAAGAAUGUCAUAACAUACCAUAUCUAUAGCAGGAAAUUUAAUAUGAAUCUGUGUCAGCAGUGUCUUGGCCAGGGAAAUGCUUACUUCAUGUGACUGGGCAAAUUUCCAAACUUUGUGCACUGCAUUUUUAACAAUAUUUGAAUCAUUUCAUGGAGAGCAGGAUGCAUAUUGCUGAGAUUUAUCUUUAUAGAAUUAAAUGGCAUUUGUAUAUUUGUGAAGUGCAGCCUGCAUUACAAUUGGGACUGGGAAUCAGUUCUAGGUAGGUUGCAGUGCGUGAGAUGUUGCAUUUCUGCAAUUGCAAAUAGCCUUCAGUGAGACAAGUAAAAAGGAAGGCUUGCCAUAUUGACUGGACAAAGCAGUAAGAACUUAUUUGGGCAGACCAGUAAAUUUAAGUAAAUAUUAAAGUAUGAACACUUCCUACAUUGAAGGAUGCACUACACAUUCAAAAAGCAAAUUAUAAAGAUGUCAACUCUUUUGCUAGCAUGUAGCUUUCAAGAAACUCCCUUGGUUAGUCUAAUGGACUAAUAGCUAGAGAAGGCCAGUUAAGUGUGUGACCUUGCUAAUUCUCUUGGGCUACAUAAGAUACCAUUGAUCAUGGCAUCCUUCUGGAGAGGUUGGUUGGGUUGGUAGUAGGAGGCUUGGCUUUUGGUGGUUCUCUUCUUUGGAGCACUAAUUCAGAAGGUGGCCUACCUGAGGGAUUACUACUUUGCCCGAUAACCUUUAUGUUGAGGUGUUCCACUAUAUUAUUAUCAUCAUCAAUUGCUUUCCAUGAGGCAUCCUGAAGAGGUUUACAAUAUCAUAACCUAUAUAUAAAACAUUUUUUAAAAAUAAGAAUUUUAAAACAGCAGCAGCACAUAUGUAAAAUUAAUUCAAAACAAAGACAAAUAUCAAUUGGGAUAAAGAUUCUGGAUGGCUUGUUGAAAGAGGAAUGUUUUCCCCUGUUGUUGAAAGACAAUGGAGAAGGUGCCUGUCUGAUAUGCAGUAGGAGGGAGUUCCAAAGAGACUUUAAGUAAAGAUAAAGGUAACCCUGACUGUUAGUCCAGUCGCGAACGACUCUGGGGUUGUGGCACUCAUCUCGCUCUAUAGGCUGAGGGAGCCGGCGUUCGUCCGCAGACAGUUUUUCCGGGUCAUGUGGCCAGCAUGACUAAGCUACUUCUGGUGAACCAGAACAGCACAAGGAAAAGCCGUUUACCUUCCCGCUGGAGCGGUACCUAUUUAUCUACUUGCAAUUUGACGUGCUUUCGAACUGCUAGGUGGGCAGGAGCAGGGACCGAGCAACGGGAGCUCACCCCAACCUUCUGAUCAGCAAGCCCUAGGCUCUGUGGUUUAGAUCACAGCGCCACCCGCGUCCUAUAAAGAGACUUUAGUGCUACACUUAUGGUAUGAUUCUGACAGUGUGUGGAAUGGUCCACCUGAUAAAAUGGUGUCUGCAAGAUACCCUGUCCUGCAUAGUUGGGUAUAUAGGGGGAAAGACAGGAUCCUGAUCCCAAGCUUUUUAGGGUACGCCAAGUCAAAUCAUUUUCUUAUGCUCAAUGACCAGUAUCAAGACAGACACCAAUUAUAAAAUAUCACCAUCCUAAUAUGCAGCUGCUGAAAAAUUGCAUUAGCUGCCGCUUUGCUACUGAUUACUGGUAAUGUACACCAAUACCAGCAAUCAGUAGCAAACCAGCAACAAGUGCCAUUCUUUUAGCGGCAUAUUAGGAUGGUAAUAUUCUGCCUCAUGGAGCUGUCCAGCUGUUGCAUUUUGCAUCAGCUUGCAGCUUCUGGGUCAGCCUUGAGCAGUCGCACACAGUGCAUUGCAGUCAACCAAACUUGUCUCCUGUGCAUCUUGCCACGUGCACAAAAAUGCUGAGAGAAGUCACCUGGGAAUUUAGAGUGGGUGCCAUGAAUAUGGUGAUUACACUCAGCGCGCUCUCUCUCUCUCCUCUGUGGGUUGAGGUAGCGGAAGUGCAGAACCAUUUUCCAGAAUGCAGGCCAAUAAACUGAAUCAAACUCCUGACAAAUGAGUUUCUAUCACUACUUUAGUUGCUCAAGGACAUGAUGUUCAGUCUGCUCUAGACUGAGUUACACUCUCCCAAAGGAUCGUGUUUGCAGUUUGGCGAUACUGUUGUGCCAGAGGUGGGUCAAACUUGGCCUGCGAGGCUGUUUUCUUCAAGCCCUGCCCACCUGCCAUCAUAUGUGACAUCAGGUGGAGCCUUGGGCACAGUGGGGCACUCCUGGUCAUGCACUGGCAAGUGAAAGCAGCUUUGGCUCUAUUGCCCAUAAGCUGAUGGGCAAUAGAGCCGAGGCAUGCUGGAUCGGGUGUGGGAGCAGCUUCCCUGUGGAGAACACCCCUGCAUGCCGCAUGGAUGGUGCUUGGAAGUCCUGACUUCAGACCGCAAGAUGCCCAGUCCCCCAAGGCUUAAUUCUGCAGCAAAGAACCAUUGAGAAGAGCACGCCUGGCAGUACCGGGCAGCGCAAGAUGGCGUUACCCCAUUGGCAUACAAACACUGCAUUUUGCACAAGCAUUGCUUAAAGGACUUCUUCCAGAGGUCAGUAGAUGGUGCUCUUUUCCCAGAGAGCCCAAUUAGCCACUGCUGCUGUGUGUCUUUAGUGCAAGUUCUAGUCUGGAAUAGUCUCCCAAUGUUCACAACAUCGUGGCUCUAGACCAGAUGUGUGUUUUGCAAAUUACACAGAAGGGCAAGAAAGCAGUAUUAAGUAGGGAGAAACAAAUCUUAAUGGAGUAACAUUUCUGAGUACGCACUCCUAAGGGUUGGUUUCUCAUGUUGGCCUGGUUCCCAUGGUCACAUUAAACAUCCUUAAAGUAACGCUAAUGUGAACACGAUUGUGAACAAGCAGCGUGCUGGUGCGCACUGCCGAAAUUGUGCCUCACUGUUCCCCUGCUGCUGUUGCGCUUCCAGGAAAGAAGCCAUACUCGGGCUUGUUGUGUGGGCUGAACAUGGGCUCCUGGUUUCUUUCCUCGUCAGGCUGGGCCGUUCAGACAACACAACAAGCCAGACUUGCCUUCUUGGCAGCCGGGGAGAAGCAAAGUGGCCAGAAUUUCAGCAGUCUGCAAAGGUACACUGGGCAUUCACAUUAAACCAUAGUUUAUUUUAAGUAUGGUUUGAUGUAACAUAAUUCACACAUCAGAGUAAGUUAAUAAAGGGUAGCAUGCACAAUUAGGUACUAUUUGUGUACAUAUUCAUCAAUAUUAAACUUAGCAGUUUACCUGGAAUUCUUUUAACUCAUCUCUCUGUAGUGUGCAAAUAACCUGCACAAAUUAGCCUCCAAUUCCCAUGUUCAAAAGCAGCCAAGUUACUCAGAUUAGGUUUUAUUCAGAGACAGACUCCCAGCUUUGUAGUUCACAUUUGAAAAGUUGGUACAAAAAACUGCAGUCUACUUUUCAAACACCGUCUAAGGAACUUUCUGAAGAUCCUUUUGGAAACUGAAUUGGAUACCAGUUUGAUACCAUCAACCUUCUGGAGCGCCUGUCUGAGUUAGGGGUGGGUGGCAUCACUUUGCGGUGGUUGCAGUCCUACUUGGAUAGACAUUGCUGGAUGGGUGGUGCUUGGAGAGUGCCCUUCAAUGUUGGGUUCCUCAGGGUUGGAUCUUAUUCCCUAUGCUGUUUAACAGCUACAUGAAACUGCUCAGUGGGGUUAUCUGGAGGUUGAGUGCGUUGUCAGCAAUGCCCUUAUGGCACACAGCUCUACUCCUUUACAUCUGCACACAGUGAAUGGCUUGACUGUUGUUAUGCUUCAGUAGUAGACUGGAUUGUGGUUCUCUCCUCUCCAUUUUCCUGGAAUGGUGGGGGCAGAAGGGCAGGGAGGUGACCAAAUAAAAUAUGAUUACAUGCUUGCAGUGCAUGUAGGCAAGAAAACCUGCAUGUGGAUGAAUCCCCACGGAAAGCAUCCUUGUAGAAAUUUUAAGGCGUGCUCUGUCUCCAAGCACCAUAUUUGUUAUCUUUAUUUUCUUCACCAAAGAAGUUCAUGCUAAGUCUUGGUAGGAAGGAUGCUGAUAAAUAUAAAUAAUUUUUAGUUCAAAAGCUUUUGCUGACUGAUAACCAUGUAUUAUAUAGCAAUGUCUGUUGAUCUGGCAUGCUACUCACUCCAAAGAAGCUGUUUUUUGUUCUGGAGUUAAUGAUACAGUAUAAGGACCAGCAUCUUUUGAUGCCAUUGUGUGUCCUUUAUUCAUUUAUGUAUUUUUAAAAAUACAUAAUGUCACUGGUGGAUAUAUCUAACUAUUUCUGAUGAGAACUUGGUUGAAAAACUGUUACAGGAGUUCUCAAAUGGUUUGCAUGGUUGUUGUUAGUCGUUUAGUCGUGUCCGACUCUUCGUGAGCCCCUGGACCAGAGCAUGCCAGGCACUCCUGUCUUCCACUGCCUCCUGCAGUUUGGUCAAACUCAUGCUGAUAGCUUCGAGAACACUGUCCAGCCAUCUCGUCCUUUGUCAUCCCCUUCUCCUUGUACCCUCAAUCUUUCCCAGCAUCAGGGUCUUUUCCAGGGAGUCGAGUCUUCUCAUGAGGUGGCCAAAGUUUGCAUGGUGAGCCUCCCCAAAUAAAAAUAAGAUAAAAUGCUGAGCUUCUCCUAGCUUGAUGCAGAGAAAAAUUGCUGCUGGCUUAGGUCUGUUAGAAGGAAUACUGAAAUAAAAGGAAACAAUCAGAAUUAAAUGGAAGAGUGUUUAAAGAUCCACAAGACAUAGAUGGAGGGAAGCAAAAUCUCAUGGAAAAUGCAAGCCUAUUCAAUUGUACCUUAGCAUCAUCAGUCAACAAGGAUGCCCAGACUUUGUAGCUGAAAUAACUUUUACCAACUUCCAUUUUAGGAAUGGUGGGAUUUAGAUUGGAGUAAUUGAGAAGGUUUGUAGUGACUUCUGAUCUGAACUGUCAACUCUUCUUCCUUUCAGGAGGACUCCUUAUUUGUUUACCACGUGAACAGGCAGCACGUUUCUGUGCUGAAAUCAAGUCUCCGAAAUAUGGUGAAGGUCACCAAGCAUGGAUUAUUGGGAUUGUAGAAAAGGGCAACCGCACUGCCAGGAUUAUAGACAAACCUCGAAUCAUUGAGGUAGCACCACAAGUGGCUACUCAGAACGUGAACCCAACGCCUGGAGCAACUUCUUAAUCUAGAUGAAAUAGCUUUUUUAAAAAAUAGAUCUAUUCCUUUAUCAUUUUACAGCCUAAAGAACUGUAAAAAGAGAAAAAGAAACACGUUGUGUCUGCAAAUCUGGUGGCCUUAGGUCAGUUUGAGUGGAUGCGUUUAAUAAAAUAAAACCCAUUGCCUUUUUUCCUGUUACAUUAACUGAAGAUGCACCUAAUCUUGAGGCAGCUUCUGAGUUGAGAAUUAUAUUGUUAUCCAAUACUGUUGAUUCAUUUUGAAUCUUUAGACACUUAUCUCUCGCCGCAUAGGCUCUUUUUUAAAAGGGUGCUUUCACGUAGCACAGACAUUACCAAUAGUGGUGUCAAAUAGCAGUUUAUGUCCUUUUUCACUAUGUGUAUAUUUAUCAUUAGGUCUAAUUUCAGAUGCCUUGAAUGAAAUUCCAGGAAGGCAAUAAAUUUGAUAAAGUGAUGCACAGUGCUUUUUACCCAUUAGCCAAGAGGGUUGCAUGUCUACAGUCAAUCUUUGAUUUGUAAAAGUCUUACCCGUGAGCAUCUAAAACCCUGGACAUUGCUUGGUGAUACAUUCUGCUAAAAGCAAGCAAGUGCUGACUUUGCAUGGAAGCACUUCAGAGUUGAAGGGAAAAAAAUAAUUUUCUUCUUUGUAGAUCAGACAAUAUUUACUUGUAUUAUCAAUAAUUGUUUCUUUAAUUGAUAGCAUAAAUGAUGAUGCUCAGUUUUGCAAUGUGAUUGGGUGUGCUAUAGAGCAACAAGGUAUUGCCAGCCAAACAGGUUAUUGUAUAAUCAUUUACAAUUCACUAUAUGAUUAACUACACAAAUAAUUCUUAAAUAUAACCAAUUUAAAAAACUGUUUUGUGGAUGGUAGUGUUUAAUACAUUUUAUAUUUUGUAUAGUGAUUAUUAUAAAUCUUUUUUGUUUUCUUAAAUCAGCUGUCUAGUAUAAUGCCUAGUAUUUUUGUUCUCUGCUCAAAAUUCAUUUUUGUGCACGCUUUUGUGAUGUGUUUAAUAUCUGCAUUGCCAACAUUUCAGCCUGAACUUAAGCUUAUUAUUUGAAUAAAUAUUUAAUUUUUUUAUUGCUCUUGUACAAAU